AUGAUAUUUAAUGUUAUUAAUUGUGAAGCUAUAUGGGGUUCUUACAAAUUACAAUCAAAAUGUCAUAAUCGAUUGAUGUCAACUAAAGCUCUUUCAAUAAGUAAAUUGAAAGCUGAAAUUACAUAUGGACAUCAUCUUCAUAAUAAUUCAUUAUUAAUUACUGAACCUACUAUUGAUGAUAUUAAUAAAAUAGAAAUAUUAGAAAAAGAGAAAAAUGCUAAAUCUAAUGGAAAUUCUAAUGAGGAUAACGAUAGUACAGAUAAUAAUACAGUAAAUAUAAAUGACAUUAUUCAUCCUACUAUUGAUGCUAAUGCUAAAUGGAAACUCUUUUCAAAGAUAACAUAA